AUGUCUCAAUGGCGGCAUGCAUUCUCGCUGUCGAAGCAGCAAGUCGCUGAGGCCGCCCCACCAGGAACGACCAGACUUGUUGAACACGAGAACCACGAUCACAUUGCACUAAUUCCACCGCCGACGCUGAGCCCAAGAGAUCCGCUGAACUGGCCAACAUGGCGGAAAUGGACCGUGCUCCUGAUCAUGUCAAUCUACUGUGGAUCGGUGAACUUUGGCUCAGCAUCGGUUGCUCCAGCUCUCACACUGCUCAUGGCUCAGCUGCCACAAGCGUGGCAUCGACCUCCUCCAGCGUUCAGCAGUCUCACUCAUCUGGUAGCCUUCAAUGUGCUCAUGAUUGGUGUGAGUAAUAUCGUAUGGGUGCCACUCGCCAAUACCUUCGGACGAAGACCAAUCCUCAUCGCCGCCAUGGCCAUCAGCGUCGCCGCCACCAUCUGGUGCGCAGAAGCGGAAAGCUUCCACAGCUUGCUCGCUGCUCGGGCCAUACAAGGAUUUGGGUUCGGUCCAGCUGAUACUCUCGCUGCAAAUGUGGUCGGCGAGGUCUUCUUCGUACACGAAAGAGGACGAGCGAUGGCCGUCUACACUCUCUUCCUCUCCAGUGGCUCUUUUAUCGGCGGGCUCGGAGGCGGAUACAUCGCAGCAUACCAAGGAUACAAGUACAUUUUCUGGAUCAGUCUCGCACUCCUGACUUUCUGCCUAGUCUGCGAAAUCAUGCUGGUCCCGGAAACCACCUUCGACCGCGAAGCCCAGCUCCUGCGAGACCACGAAUGCAACUCCGGCGAAGGCGCCGUCGGCAAAGAGAAGAACACCGUGGACAUAAUCGAACAAGCCUCCCCAUCACCCUCCUACCACGACACCUUCACCUUCGCCCAGAGCCUCAAAGUGGGCAUCUACCGCGGCAAUCUCUUCCGCAACUUCCUCGCACCCUGGUACAGCCUUGCCUUCCCAGGAACCUGGGUCGUCAUGCUCCACUACGGCGGCCUCCUCGGCGGGCUCGUCACAAUCUCUACCGUCGGCCCCCAAUUCCUCGCCAUGCCACCCUACCUCUGGGGCAACAACGUCGGCCUCCUCAACAUCGGCCCUAUCAUCGGCGCCCUCCUCGGAGGCCUCAUAACCUUCUUCACCGCAGACUUCGCCACCAAACGUCACGCACGCAAAGAAUCCCACGGCCUCGCAGAACCCGAAUCUCGACUCCCGGUCAUGUUCCCAGCCCUCUUCCUCGCCACAACAGGAAUCUGGACUUUCGGCUUCUGCGCUGACAACCCCUCCGAACACGGUUGGGUGGGCAUGCUCGUCGGUUUCGGCAUGAUAGGCGCAGGCAUCAUGCAAAUCCCCUCCGUAGGUUUCAAUUACCUCAUCGACGCGUAUCACGUCGUUGCGGCGGAUUGUUUUGUUAUGACGACGAUUAUGCGAGCGGUUGUGGGUUUCGCUUGGACGUAUUUUGUUAGUGAUUGGAUUCAGGAUCAAGGUGCUGCUUUGCCUUUUGGGAUUUUUGGAAUGCUUAUGGGGAUUUUUGCGAUCUUGACGAUUCCGUUGUGGGUGUUUGGGAAGAGGAUGAGGAUUGCUACGGCGGGGUUGUUGCCGAAGGUUGAGGAGUGA